GGGGUUGAGUGGCGCAGAGGACCGUCGGGAAAGGCGGAAGUCAGGAGGCCGCCGCCGCCGUUUGUCGCCAGGAGGAAAAUGGCGGAUGUGGAGGAGCGGUUGUCUGGUGAGGAGAAGGAGGGUAAGAAGCACCUGGCAGGCUUGGGGACUUUGCGUCUGGGCAGCCUGAUCACUGAACUCACCGCAAAUGAAGAACUGACUGGGACUGACGGUGCCCUGGUAAAUGAUGAAGGCUGGAUCAGGAGUACAGAAGAUGCUGUGGACUAUUCAGACAUCAAUGAGGUAGCAGAAGACGAAAGCCAAAGGUGUCAGCAGACAAUGGGGAGCUUGCAGCCCCUUUGCAACUCAGAUUAUGAUGAAGAUGACUAUGAUGCUGAUUGUGAAGACAUAGAUUGCAAGUUGAUGCCUCCUCCACCUCCACCCACAGGACCUAUGAAGAAGGAUAAAGACCAAGAUGCUAUUACCUGUGUGUCUGAGGAUGCAGAAGACAUCAUCUUGCCCUCCGUCAUUGCCCCUGCCUCUUUGGCCUCAGAGAAAGUGGACUUCAGUAGUUCCUCUGACUCAGAAUUUGAGAUGGGACCUCAGGAAGUAACACAGGCAGAAUCUGAGAAUGGAAAACUAACCCUACCAUUGGCUGGGAUUAUGCAGUAUGAUGCCACCAAGCUGUUGCCAAGUGUCACAGAACUUUUCCCAGAAUUUCGACCUGGAAAGGUGUUACGCUUCCUACGUCUUUUUGGGCCAGGGAAGAACGUCCCAUCUAUUUGGCGGAGUGCUCGGAGAAAGAGGAAAAAGAAGCACCAUGAUCUGAUACAAGAAGAGCAGAUCCAGGAGAUCACGGUGAUGGCUCCUGUGGAGUCCAAAUUUUCCCAGUCAACUGGAGAUACAGAUAAACUGACAAAUAUCAAACCAAAAGUGGCUGAGUGGCGUUACGGGCCCGCCCGACUGUGGUAUGAUAUGCUGGGUGUCCCUGAAGAUGGCAGUGGGUUUGACUAUGGCAUCAAACUGAGAAAGAUGGAACAUGAACCUGUGAUAAAAAAUAGAAUGAUGGAGGACUUUAGGAAGCUUGAGGAAAGCAAUGGCACUGAUCUUCUGGCUGAUGAAAACUUCCUGAUGGUGACACAGCUGCAUUGGGAGGAUGAUAUCAUCUGGGAUGGAGAGGAUGUCAAACCCAAAGGGACAGACCCUCAGCGUGGAAGCCUGGCAGGCUGGCUUCCUUCCAGAAUGACACCGAAUGCCAUGGCUUAUAACGUUCAGCAAGGUUUUACAGCCACCCUGGAUGAUGACAAGCCUUGGUAUUCCAUUUUCCCCAUUGACAAUGAGGAGCUGGUAUAUGGACGCUGGGAGGACAAUAUCAUCUGGGAUGCCCAGGCCAUGCCCCGACUGUUGGAGCCUCCUGUUUUGACACUUGAUCCCAAUGAUGAGAAUCUCAUUUUGGAAAUUCCUGAUGAGAAGGAAGAAGCCACCUCUAACUCCUCCUGUAAGGAGAAUAAGAAGGAAUCAUCUCUGAAGAAGAGUCGAAUUCUCCUAGGGAAAACAGGUGUCAUCAAGGAGAAACCACAGCAGAACAUGUGUCAGCCAGAAGUGAAAGAUCCAUGGAAUCUCUCCAAUGAUGAAUAUUACUACCCCAAGCAACAGGGUCUUAGAGGCACUUUUGGAGGAAAUAUUAUCCAGCACUCAAUUCCUGCUGUGGAGUUACAGCAGCCCUUCUUUCCCACCCACAUGGGGCCCAUCAAACUCCGGCAGUUCCAUCGCCCACCUCUGAAGAAGGAUUCCUUUGAGGCAGUAUCUCAGCCAGCUCCUCAUUCAGUCCAGCCCUUGCUAAAGCACAUCAAAAAGAAGGCUAAGAUGAGAGAACAGGAGAGGCAAGCUUCAGGUGGUGGAGAGAUGUUUUUUAUGCGCACACCUCAGGACCUCACAGGCAAAGAUGGAGAUCUUAUUCUUGCAGAAUACAGUGAGGAACAUGGACCAUUAAUGAUGCAGGUUGGAAUGGCAACCAAGAUAAAAAAUUACUAUAAGCGGAAACCUGAAAAAGACGCUGGAGCCCCUGAUUGUAAAUAUGGAGAAACUGUUUACUGCCAUACAUCUCCUUUUCUGGGAUCUCUCCAUCCUGGCCAAUUAUUGCAGGCACUUGAGAACAACCUUUUUCGUGCCCCUAUUUACCUUCAUAAGAUGCCAGAAACUGACUUUCUUAUCAUUUGGACAAGACAAGGUUACUAUAUUCGGGAAUUAGUGGAUAUUUUUGUGGUUGGCCAGCAGUGCCCCUUGUUUGAGGUUCCUAGGCCUAACUCCAAAAGGGCGAAUACACACAUUCAAGACUUUCUGCAGGUUUUUAUUUACCGCCUCCUCUGGAAGAGUAAAGAUCGGCCACGGCGGAUCCGAAUGGAAGAUAUAAAAAAAGCCUUUCCUUCCCAUUCAGAAAGCAGCAUCCGGAAGAGGCUAAAGCUCUGCGCUGACUUCAAACGCACAGGGAUGGACUCAAACUGGUGGGUGCUGAAAUCUGGUUUUCGUUUGCCAACUGAAGAGGAGAUCAGAGCUAUGGUGUCUCCAGAGCAGUGCUGUGCUUAUUAUAGCAUGAUAGCUGCUGAGCAGCGACUAAAGGAUGCUGGCUAUGGUGAGAAGUCCUUUAUUGCCCCAGAAGAAGAAAAUGAGCAAGAUUUUCAGAUGAAGAUUGAUGAUGAGGUUCACACAGCUCCUUGGAACACCACAAGGGCCUUCAUUGCUGCCAUGACGGGCAAGUGUCUCCUGGAGGUGACUGGGAUGGCAGAUCCCACAGGGUGUGGUGAAGGGUUCUCGUAUGUGAAGAUUCCAAACAAAGCAACACAGCGGAAGGAUGGUAGGGAGCCUCAGCCAAUGAAGAAAACAGUGACAGGAACCGAUGCAGAUCUUCGUCACCUCUCUCUAAAAAAUGCCAAGCAACUUCUUCGUAAAUUUGGUGUGCUUGAGGAAAAGAUUAAAAAGUUUUCCUGCUGGGAAGUGAUUGAUGCGUUACGCACAAUGUUAACAGAACAGGCCCGCUCUGGAGAGGGACCCAUGAGUAAAUUUGCUUGUGGAUCAAGGUUUUCUGUGGCUGAGCAUCAAGAGCGUUACAAAGAGGAAUGUCAACGCGUCUUUGACCUGCAGAACAAGGUUUUGUCAUCAACUGAAGUCUUAUCAACUGACACAGAUAGUAGCUCAGCUGAAGACAGUGACUUUGAAGAAAUGGGAAAGAACAUGGAGAACAUGUUGCAGAAUAAGAAAACCAGUUCUCAGCUAUCACGCGAACGGGAGGAGCAAGAGCGGCAGGAACUACAGAGGAUGUUGUUGGCAGCAGGCUCAGCAGCAGCAGGAAACAAUCACAGAGACAAUGACACAGCUUCUGUGCCUAGCCUGAACUCUUCUGCCACUGGCCGUUGUCUUAAGAUUUAUCGCACAUUUCGAGAUGAAGAAUGGAAAGAGUAUGUUCGAUGUGAGACAGUUAGAAAGCCAGCUGUCAUCGAUGCGUAUGUGCGUAUACGGAACACAAAAGAUGAGGAAUUCAUUCGAAAAUUUGCCCUGUUUGAUAAGCAGCAUCGAGAAGAGAUGCGAAAAGAACGGCGCAGGAUUCAAGAGCAGCUGAGGCGGCUUAAGAGGAACCAGGAAAAGGAGAAGCUUAAGGGCCCUCCUGAGAAGAAACCCAAAAAAAUGAAGGAGCGUCCUGACCUGAAACAGAAAUGUGGGGCUUGUGGUGCCAUUGGGCACAGGAGGACAAACAAAUUCUGCCCCCUCUAUUAUCAAACAAAUGCCCCACCUUCCAAACCUGUUGCCAUGACUGAGGAGCAGGAGAAGGAGUUGGAAAAGACAGUCAUUCAUAAUGAUAAUGAAGAACUUAUUAAGGUUGAAGGGACCAAGAUUAUUUUGGGGAAACAGCUAAUUGAGAGUGCUAAUGAAGUUCGGAGAAAAUCUCUGGUUCUCAAGUUCCCUAAACAGCAAUUUCCUCCAAAGAAGAAAUGGCGCGUUGAAACCAGUGUUCACUGUGACAAUUUGAAUAGACCUCGUAAGUCCAUUCACCGGCGCCAGACAGACCCCAUGGUGACAUUGUCCUCCAUCUUGGAGUGUAUCAUCAAUGACAUGAGAGAGCUUCCAAAUACAUACCCUUUCCACACUCCAGUCAAUGGAAAGGUUGUCAAGGACUACUACAGAAUUAUCACUCGACCAAUGGACUUACAAACACUCCGUGAAAAUGUGCGUCAACACCUCUACCCAUCUCGGAAAGAGUUCAGAGACCAUUUGGAAUUAAUUGUAAAAAACAGUGCAACCUACAAUGGUCCGAAGCACUCACUGACCCAGAUCUCUCAGUCCAUGCUGGAUCUCUGUGAUGAAAAACUCAAAGAGGAAGAAGACAAUUUGGCUCGUUUAGAGAAAGCUAUCAACCCCUUGCUGGAUGAUGAUGACCAAGUGGCAUUUUCUUUCAUUCUAGACAACAUUGUCACCCAGAAAAUGAUGGCAGUUGCAGAUUCUUGGCCAUUUCAUCACCCAGUUAAUAAGAAGUUCGUUCCAGAUUAUUACAAAGUGAUUGUGAGUCCAAUGGAUUUAGAGACUAUACGUAAGAAUAUCUCCAAGCACAAGUAUCAGGGUCGGGACAGCUUUCUGGAUGAUGUCAACCUUAUUCUGGCCAACAGUGUUAAGUACAAUGGGCCUGAGAGUCAGUAUACUAAGACUGCUCAGGAGAUUGUGAACAUCUGUUACCAGACAUUGACUGAGUAUGAUGAGCAUUUGACUCAACUUGAGAAGGAUAUUUGUACAGCUAAAGAAGCAGCUUUGGAGGAAGCAGAUUUAGAAAGCUUGAACCCCAUGACUCCAGGCCCUUACACAUCCCAGCCUCCUGAUUUGUAUGAUAACAGCACAUCCCUCAGUGUGUCUCGAGAUGCCUCUGUAUUUCAAGAUGAGAGCAGUAUGUCUGUCCUGGAUAUUCCUACUGCCACACCAGAAAAGCAGGAAAGUGAAGAUGCAGAUGGUGAUCUUGCAGAUGAAGAGGAAGGAACUGUGCAACAACCUGAAGCCAGAGUCCUGUAUGAGGAUUUGCUUAUGUCUGAAGGAGAAGACGAUGAGGAAGAUGCUGGGUGUGAAGAAGAAGGAGAUAAUCCUUUCUCUGCUAUCCAGCUGAGUGAAAGUGGAAGUAACUCCGAUGUAGGAUCUGGUGGGAUAAGACCCAAACAGCGCUGCAUGCUUCAAGAGAACACAAGCAUGGGCCUGGAAAAUGAAGAAAGCAUGAUAUCCUAUGAGGGAGAUGGUGGGGAGGCUUCUCCUGAUCUGGAGGAUAGCAACAUCAGGUAAUCGACUGCAACAUGCUACAGG